GAGAGCAUGUAUUGGUCUAAGCUCCUGGCAGGGGCAUUAGGGAGGGGGUUUUCCCAUCUCUGGUUUACUUUCAGUUUGAUAACUGGUCUACACUGGACUGAGCGCACCAGAGGACUCACUCACUCGCUGCGCAGCAGUCAGCUCGGGCAGACGCUCGUACUUUGUGGAACUAAACUCGGAACGAUGGGAUACUUCACUCUCGCUGGAGGACUCCUCUGGACCGUACAUCUGCUAUCUCAUCUGAGGACAACAGUGGCAAGUCCGGACUGCUCUGGGAAGGAGCCAGUCAUUGAUCCCCCCAGUCUGGUGGUGAAGUACGGAGAACCGGCCACAGCAAACUGUAGCGCUCAAUCCAACGCCACAAUAAUAGGCUGGGAGACAACAGUGGGCGCUAAAACGGAAAACGAUUUACAGCAGCUGGUGUGGAGUGUGCCCAGCGUCACUGAAUGGGCACUGGGGCGUGGCAUAGAGUGCUUCACCAGUUCUGAGAAGCACGGGCAAUGCCUGACCCAUCUACCCAUCACCAUAUACAAAAUUCCAGAGACUGUGACCCUUUGGUUAUUUGACCACACUGGUCCACUACUUGAAGGACAGGAGUACUGGUUGCAGUGUGUUGUUCAGAGUGUUGCUCCAGCUAAGAACCUCACUGUCAUCUUGUUCAGAGGGGACACUGAGCUGAAACGCUCAGGCUUCCCUCAGUUCUUUAUUGAGGGCGACGAAUCUAAAAACGUCACUGUGGCAACUCAUCUGAGUCUUACCGCUUCCAGAGAGGACCAUGGAGCCUCCUACCGCUGUGCAGCCAAACUGGAUCUGAACACAGCUGAGCCCGUCCCUGAGACCAGCUCUAGUAUCCAGCUGGAAGUACAUUACAAACCAAGAAUGGGGAGUCCCAGUCAGAAUGUGACCGUGACAGACGGUGACACGUUAGACUUGAUCUGCUUAGCUGAGGCCAACCCCAGCCCUACAUACCAUUGGACGCACAACAACGUCACUGUAGAGGAUGAGAACAACACCACUCUCAUUAUUGAGGCCAUCCAUUAUGACAAAGGGGGCGUCUACCGAUGCAUCGCCCGUAACAUCAUAGGAGAAGGCUCUGUAGAGAUGAGACUAGAUGUCGUUCCAAAUUACCUUCCGUGGAUCGCCAUCUUUGUGGCGAUAGCCAUAGGUGUUCUGCUAGCGGGCGGCCUGUGCUUCUCCCGCACCUACCAUAAGAAAAACAAGACUGGCCAGUACCUCCUGACCAAGAUGAAACGUGGGACCAGCAACAGUGGACAGGUGGCUCAGGCCAAUGGGCAUUCAGUGUAAGGGGGGGGCAAGGGGGCGGGGUUUGUGGAUGACGGCCAAUGGGAGGUGUGCAAGAUGCCCGGAGGGAAAUGGCGGAUGCA